GCUAAUCUCCUCCUUGGAUGGAUUGAUGGUCAUGAAGCAGCCCCGGCGCCAACUAUCUCCAAAAACGAUAAAACCGUCCCUAAUCCAGAGUAUACCUCCUGGACCAUCGUUGACACACAGAUCCGCGCCUGCCUCCUAGCGGUCAUCAGCCCCUCCGUUCACAAACAUGCUCGCGGCUUCACCACAUCUGCUGCCCUCUGGGAUGCUUUGGCCGCACGCUAUCUAGGCGGAGCUAAGCUCAGCUAGAUUGCCAUCUUCAAUGGCUUCUCUGCUCAACUCCUUUAAGUCAAUGACGUUAUCCAAUAUUAAAUACAACCCAGUUCGAACCCCGCACCUUUCUUGCCAAAUCUCUCCGUCUCCCCCAAGGAGGAGGCUUUUGGUAAGAGCAAUCGAGACCGACAGUCAAGCAGUUGAAGCUAAGGUCCCGGAUAAGGCACCAUCGGCCAGUGGCUCUGGCAUAAAUCAAAUUCUGGGCAUCAAAGGUGCCAAGCAGGAAAAGGACAUAUGGAAGAUUCGUGUACAACUAACUAAGCCUGUCACUUGGCCUCCUCUUAUCUGGGGUGUGGUGUGUGGUGCUGCUGCUUCAGGGAAUUUCCAUUGGACGCCUGAUGAUGUAGCCAAAUCAGUUGCUUGUAUGCUAAUGUCUGGUCCUUUCCUUACGGGCUUUACACAGACACUUAAUGACUGGUAUGAUAGAGAAAUUGAUGCUAUUAAUGAGCCAUACCGUCCAAUUCCCUCGGGGGCAAUAUCUGAGAAUGAGGUUAUCACACAAAUAUGGGUGCUGCUUUUAGGAGGCCUUGGAUUGGCCGGUUUGUUGGAUGUGUGGGCAGGACACAAUUUUCCGGUUAUAUUUUACCUUGCUCUUGGUGGGUCCUUUCUGUCCUACAUAUACUCAGCUCCACCGUUGAAGCUCAAACAAAAUGGAUGGGUAGGCAACUUUGCUCUAGGGUCGAGCUACAUCAGUUUGCCCUGGUGGGCAGCUCAAGCUUUGUUUGGAACCCUUACACCAGACACUGUUGUUCUUACACUAUUCUAUAGCAUUGCAGGGCUUGGCAUAGCAAUUGUGAAUGACUUCAAGAGCAUUGAAGGAGAUAGAGCCAUGGGACUUCAGUCAAUUCCUGUAGCUUUUGGGCCUGAAGCUGCCAAAUGGAUUUGCAUUGGUGCCAUCGAUUUAACCCAACUAUCUGUGGCUGGCUAUCUUCUUGGUGUUGGGAAACCAUAUUAUGCAUUAUCGCUCCUUGGUUUAACCAUACCACAAAUAUUUUUCCAGUUCAAAUACUUAUUACAAGACCCUAUUAAAUAUGACGUAAAGUAUCAGGCGAGUGCACAACCAUUUCUUGUACUCGGUCUCUUAGUUACUGCAUUAGCAACUAGUCAUUGAGUUUCGUACGCUCCAAACAACAACAAAAUGGGAGCGAUUGGAGCCAAUUCAAAUAGGGAGCCAUGGAAAUGGAGCCAAUUCACGACGCUCGUUUGCUUACCUUUUGAUGCUGCGUGCAUUAUAUUGUUCAAAGUAGGGCUAGUUUUCUUCAUUGUUGCUCCUCAUCAACCAUCACGCAGCUGCCCCUCCUGGACCGUUUUAGCUAAACAAUACUAGUUAUCUGGAUUGUUAAAGAAUUGUAUUUUCUAUUAAUAAGAAAAUUGAUAUUAUCAGUUUAUCUAGCAAAAAAAUGUCAAAAUUAUUUUACUGUAUUACUGCAUGAUGUAAUUUUAAUUGAUAAUCAAAGUUUGUCCAAUAGUAAAAAAUAAGUCAAAUG